AUGUCCGCGGGACUCCACGUCAUCGCACUGAUAUCCGGGGGCAAGGAUUCAUUGUUCUCCAUCCUGCACUGUCGCGCGCAAGGCCACACCAUCGUCGCCCUAGCCAACCUCCACCCUCUAGUGCCCGAACAUGAAGAUAUCGACAGUUACAUGUACCAGACCGUGGGCCACGCUGUGAUUCCGCUGUAUGCAGACGCUCUAGGCAUUCCUCUCUACCGCCAGCCGAUAGCUGGGUCCCCGCAGAAUAGUCGGCGCGAUUAUGAGUGCGCGGAGCGGGAUGAGACGGAGGAUCUUGUGCCGUUGUUGAGCAGGGUGAUGGAAAAGCAUCCCGAAGCGAAUGCACUCUCGACCGGCGCGAUUCUGAGCACGUAUCAGCGCACGAGAGUGGAAUCUGUAGCGUUGAGACUGGGGCUCACGCCGCUUUCGUAUCUUUGGCAGUAUCCGCUACUACCGCCGUAUAUGCAGUCUUCACUGCUGAGUGAUAUGGCGGCCGUGGGGCAGGAGGCGCUUAUCAUUAAGACUGCGUCUGGCGGUCUGGAUGAGAGUUUCCUGGGCCUGGAUGUUGUGCGGCAUACCACAGUUGCGAAGCUGAAGAAGGCGAUGGGGAGGUUUGGGGAGGCCGGGGAUGGCGCGAUUGUAGGCGAGGGAGGUGAGUUCGAGACGCUGGCGAUUGAUGGGCCAAGUGGGUUGUGGAAGAAGAAGAUUCGGAUUGGAGAGACGGAACGUGUGGUUUUGGAGGGGGGACAAACGGUGCUGAAGAUUAAAGAGUGUGGGCUUGAGGAGAAAGAGAGGGGUGAUGGGGAGUUCAAGGACAUACUCGACGAUGCAGAGAACAACACGACCUCUGCAUCUGCAGGCUCAAGUCCGACGAAGCAACACCCCCCAACCUCUCUCACUCUCCCAACAAACACACACGCCCAUUCCCCCAUCGUCUUCACAUCCUCCAACCUCUCCUCCCCCACCCCAUCCUGCUCCCCGUCCCACCAACUAACCUCCAUCCUCCUCCGCCUCUCUCACAUACUCACACAAUCCUCCCUCCCCAAAUCCCGCAUCUCCCACACCACCCUCCUCCUCCGCCACAUGUCCACCUUCACCACCCUCAACCCCAUCUACGCCACCUUCUUCUCCACCCUCAACCCCCCCUCGCGCGUCACAAUCGCCUGCGGCCCGGCCAUGCCCCGUGGCGUAGACGUCAUGCUCAGCGUAGUCCUGGACAAAACACCCUCUCGCCAGGGCCUACACGUCCAGAGCAGGAGUUACUGGGCCCCCGCGAACAUCGGGCCGUACAGCCAGGCGAUAUCCGCUGCUCUCCCAGACGCUGACGGCGGGGAGGUGGUGUAUGUAGCUGGACAAAUCCCGCUCGUGCCGGCGAGUAUGGAGAUUUAUGCUGAGCGCGGGUUUGCGGGGCAGGUGGUGCUUGCGCUGCAGCAUUUGUGGCGGGUGGGCAGGGCGAAGGGGCUCAAGUCCAUGAUGUGGAUGGUUGUGUUGGGGUGGUGA